CAAACAGAGGUAUGUUUAGCUGGAGUUUUGAUCCUCAAGUUGUUAUCUUGAUUCUUCUCUUUUUCUCUAUUGUGGUUUUUGGUUCACUGGAAUUGGUGUUUGUUGCUGAAUGAUAUAGGAUUGCUUCAAGAUUGAAGAAUACACUCCUGUCUGAAGUUAUGAACAUAUUCAAAAGAAGAAGCUAGAAGGCAAUUGUAUUCUCUGCGGCAAGAAUUUACUGGUUGAGAACAGGAAAGAGACCAGAAGAUUUAGUUUGUUGUCAAUAAUCUUGCUAUUCAUGGGAGCUUGACAUGAUAGCAUCUCAUAUAAAGCACUCAGCUGGUUAUAAAUCUAUGCAAGCAUCAGACAAGCACAAAAACUUGAAAAAGCCUCAGCAAUCAUACUAUCAGCAAAACUCAAUGUCUUUGAGAGAAGUACACUCCCAGUUGCUUCCUCCAAACUACCAAUCCUUGCGGAACAGUUACUCCGGUGAUUGCUCGCAAUUAAAAAGCACUGUCCCUCAGACAUCUCAUGAGCAGUACUGCACAUUAGAGUCCUUUACAUCUGCAGGCUAUACAGUUCAUACCUCUCCAUCGACUCUUAGUUACUCUCCGUCCACUGAGAGCCCUGUAUCACAGCAAGAUUGCCUAUCAGACAACUACGGAUCUCCGAUAAGUGUUUCAUGUAUAACCGAAGAUCCGAUUGAUCUAAAACACAAACUGAGGCAACUAGAAAAUGUGAUGCUGGGGCCUGGCUCGGAUAUAAUCGAUAGCUUUGAGGGCACGUUCAAUUCUCAGCUUAUAUUGGAGCCUGAGAAGUGGAAGCAGAUACUGGAAAUUCCCCGAGGAGAUCUGAGACAGGGGCUUAUCGCUUGUGCAAGAGCUUUAGCAGAGAAUGAUAUGCCGGUGGCCGACUGGCUGAUGACAGAAUUAAGGCCAAUGGUAUCGGUUUCUGGCGAGCCACUACAGAGGUUGGGUGCUUACUUGUUGGAGGGCCUUGUCGCAAGGUUGGCCUCAUCUGGCAGCUCAAUCUACAAAGCAUUGAAGUGCAAAGAACCUGCAAGCUCCGAACUGCUUUCUUACAUGCACAUUCUUUAUGAAGUCUGUCCUUUCUUCAAGUUCGGUUACAUGUCUGCAAAUGGUGCCAUUGCUGAGGCUGUCAAGGGUGAAGAAAGAGUCCACAUUAUUGAUUUCCAGAUUGCAAUGGGUAGCCAAUGGGUGACACUAAUCCAAGCUCUUGCUGCAAGACCUGGUGGCCCUCCUUGUUUGAGGAUUACCGGAGUCGAUGACCCUGUAUCAGCUUAUGCCAGGGGAGGUGGUUUGCACCUUGUUGGAAAGAGGUUAUCUCGGCUAGCAGAGUCAUGCAAUGUACCAUUUGAGUUCAAUGCUGCUGCAAUAUCUGGUUGUGAGGUAGAGCUCAACAAUCUUGAAAUCCGGUCAGGUGAGGCACUGGCCGUGAACUUCCCGUUCCAGUUGCACCACAUGCCGGACGAGAGCGUGAGCACGGAGAAUCACCGUGACCGGCUUCUUCGUCUUGUCAAGAGCCUUUCUCCAAAGGUGGUGACUCUGGUAGAGCAAGAAUCCAACACUAACACAGCUCCAUUCUUCCCACGCUUUGUAGAGACUCUUGACUACUACACUGCCAUCUUCGAAUCGAUCGAUGUAGCUCUUCCAAGGGAGAACAAUGAGCGAUCUUGCGUGUGUGCAGAACGAGUUGAGCGACAUGAACUUCUUGGCAAAUGGAAGUCCCGAUUCACCAUGGCAGGGUUCACCCCUUAUCCAUUGAGUCCAUUGGUGAAUGCCACCAGCUGUAAGCUACUGCUUGAGGUGUCUACUGUGAGAAACUAUAGGCUUGUAAGAAGACGGCCGUUGCCUGCAAUCUUGGUUGCAAGAACAGAGCCUGAGGAGUGUCUUGUGCUUGCGAUGGAGAUGCUGUGUCCUCACUAG